AUGUCGUCAAUUACAAUUAUUCCACGUUCAUAUGCCUCAACAACAUCAUCAAAUUUACCAAAUAUUAAUAUUCCACCAAUGCGUCCUGCAUAUUUAAAUCCAAAACCAGCACCACGAACAAUUCCACCAACUUACCAACAUCUUACUCAACAAGUUCAACGUAAACCAGCAUUAUAUGGGGCUGGCCAACGUAAGUACAACAAUUUUCAUAAAUUUCAAACAGGUACAACAACAACAUUCAAUGGUUAUACAAAUUAUAAUGGUUCAAACAAUAUUAACUUACCACCUACACCAGCACCACGUCAAUACUUACCACCAACACCAUUUUAUAAUAAUAAUAAUCGUUAUCAACAACAACAAAAUUACCAUUAUAAUCGUUACAAUAAUUAUCGUCGACCCAAUUUUUACAAUAAUAAUAAUUAUAAUAAUAAUAUCAAAAAUUUACCAUCUUUACUUGAUAUUAAUCCAUUUCAUUUACCAUCUGAACAUAAUACCCGGUCAUUCCAUCAUGCCCAACAGUAUCAUCCAAAUCAACAACAUCAUCAACAUUUACCACGUCCAACAUCACGUACCCGUUUCCAUAUAUUAUCACAAUUACCAUCUCAAUCUCGUUCCCGAUCACGUUCACCAUUUCGUCCACCACCAAUAAAACCACGUCGUAUUUACCAACAACAACAACAAAAUAAUAAUAAUAAAAAUAAUUAUCGUCGUCCACCGGUACCCGUACCCAAUAUUAAUAAUAAUAAUAAUAAUUUUAAGGGAAUUAUACUAUCCGAUUCAAUGUGUUCUCGUGUGAGAACUUAUGCAUUAAAAAAUAAUUAUAUUAACAUUGAAUUAUCUUAUGAAUCAGGUUGUGAUAUUGUUAAAAUGAUAAAUUGGUUAAACACACCUGAAGGUCGCGGUACGAAAUUAGAUUUUGAUAUUGUUGAUGCGCGUCUCGGACCCUUGGAUAUGCGUGUAGAAGAUGGGUUACAUCCAUCAACUACCACUGGCCGAUGGAAAUAUGAAGGAGCUAUUCGUGAAUGGUUCUCGAACCGUGCCGCCGCGCACUUUUCUUCUUCUCUUUCAUUUCAGCACCACCACCAACAACAACGUCCAACAGUACCAACACCAACAAUAUUAACAUCAACACCAAUACCAACAUACGCCUCAGUACCAACAGUUAUUAUCAGAUGA